AUGGACUUUCACAUGGGGUCAAGCUCACCUGCAGUUACGCUUUCCGGCUUCGCACAACUGCCACAAGCCAAUCCCCAAGCUACAAUGCAGCUCCCCGCUACUGCUACCUUUCCAGCUGCUUCCAUCGAUAACUUUAAUAACUUUGAUAACUUCAAUUAUCACCAAAAUCCAAAUUAUGCAUCGUACUUCAACAACGAAUUCUUACAAUCGCAAUUGCUGCAGCACCAACUACAGUUACAAGAACAGCAACAAUUACAACAGCAAUUGCAACAACAGCAACAACAGCAGCAGCAGCAGCAGCAGCAGCAGCAGCAGCAGAACUACCAGCAACACCAGUGGAAUCUCAAUGUCGGAGAGGGCCCGCGCAACAUGCGCAAGCGGAAAGCCGAGUCUCAAGACAACGAACGACUAUCCAAGCGACUAAGUCUUCUCAAUCUUGAGCAAAAUGGCCGAAAACUCUACGUCCCCGUCGAGAGCCCACAGUUGCGGCCGACCGAAUCAAACUCGCUAACCCGGAUACCCGAGGACGACUCAAUGCAGCUCGACGACACGAAGCACAAAGUGUACAUCUACAACCUGGACGACGAGUGCUCCGACAGCGGCGGCGAGUCCGACGACGGCCGCCUCGUCUUCCUGCCCGACAUCGAGAAGCACCUCAUGCAGACGCGCAUCCCGCCCUCCGUGUUCGCCAACAAGGACGGCGAGAUCGCCGGCAUGCAGCUGGUGCUCUACAGCGAGCCCACCUCCCUCACCGUGCCCGAGGAGCACGACAGCGUGCGGAAGGCUAUUAUUGAGGCCAGACAGAGGGUCCGGGAGAAGCAGGAGAGGGAGCGCCAGCAGACCGAAUCUAUACUGAAUUCUGGCCCUUCGAAAUCGACGCUGCAGACAGCCACGUCGACCCCGCCCCCGCCCCUGCUCCCGCUUAAUGCGCUGAACGGUUUCGCGAACUCCAAUGGGAUGGCCGCGAGCAAUAACGAUAAUGACGACAAUGACCCAGAUGCGAUGGAGGUGGACUGA